AAUUGGCAAUAAGUCUAGACUGCAUCCUGGUUAGCUACAACAGACCCACCAAGCCCAUAACACGCAUCAGCCAUUGUAAAAAGCGAGACCUAGACCAGACCAACAUAUCUCCUUCUUUUUUAAAAUAAAAAAAUAAAAAAAAAUUGUCAGAUUAUAAUUAAAACCCCAACUUCUCUCAACUUAUUCACUUAAACACAAUUUACAUUCUCUCUCCUCUUUAUAAUUUUCUCUCACUAAAACAUUGAACAUUGCUAUGGAUAUUCAAGAAAAACUCAAAAAUCAAUCAGAUUCUCCAAAAAAGAGGGAUGAAGAACCAUCUUCAAAUCCUUGUGAACAACCCCAGAAAAAUUUUGAAAUACAGCAUAUAGAACAAGGUGCUAAGCUGUCUACUGAAAUAUCUGAACAACCACAAGAAACUUCUGAACAAGGUGCUAAGCAGUCUACUGAAAUUGAAAUUUCUGAACAACCACAAGAAACUUCUGAACAAGGUGCUAAGCAACCUACUGAGCAAGGUGCUGAACAACUACAAGAAAUUUCUGAACAUCCAAAAGAAAUUUCUGAACAAGGUGCUAAGCAGUCUCCUGAAAUUUCUGAACAACCACAAGAAACAUCUGAACAAGGUGCUAAGCAACCUACUCAACAAGGUGCUGAACAACCAAAAGAAAUUUCUGAACAACCAAAAGAAAGUACUGAACAACCAAAAGAAAUGCCUGAAGGAAAUGAACCAAUUCCAAGUGCUUAUGAACAAGGCGCUAACCAAACUAAUCAAGAACCUGAAAAGACUUCAGGGCAACCUACACUAGAAAUUACAAGAGCUAAACCCAGAAAAAUAAAUACACUUGAACAACUUGCCAUUGCUUCUGAACAAGAAUCUUUUGCAAUUGCUGCUGCCAAAAAACAUGUUGCUACAAAUAAGAAAUCAGUAAGAAAUCCAAAGAAGGAGAAGAGUAGAGAAAGAAUUGAAGGAGAAAGUUCAAAGAAAUCAGUAGGAAAUCCAAAGAAGGUUAAGGUGUUGAAUAAGGAAAAGGUUGAGAAAAAGAAGAAAAUUGAAAAUAAAAGAAAGAGAGAAACGAAAACAGAUUACAAUUAUGAAGAAGUGAUGAAUCUUGAUGAUGAUGAGGAUGUUGUUUUGGAUGAUGAAGAUAGGUUAGGAGUUAGAGUUGGGCAUUUGAAAUUCAUGAGGUUUGUGAAACAUUUGAGCCCGCCUCAAAAAGAACUUGUUGUUCAAAUGGGAUUUGGAUAUAUACUUAAUCUUAACCUCCCUCAAAAUGACCAAAAAUUUUGUGCAUGGCUUGUGAAGAGCUUUGAAGAAAACAGUUGCACAUUGUAUCUACCUUACAACAAAUCAAUUGAGAUUUGUGAAGAGGAUGUAGAAGUAGUAUAUGGAAUCCCAAGAGGGGACAAGAUUGUAAAAGAAGUUGAAGAAGUAGCUGAAUCUAAUGAUGAAGAAGAGGAAGAAAGUCUUUUAACAAGAUGGCGAAAAGCUUAUUGUAUUACUUCUGGAAGCCCCAAAACACACCUGAUUUUGGGGAAGUAUGAACCUGAGGAAGAGGAAGAAGAAAAGGAGAAAAAAAUUGGGAAGAAGACGGCUACAAAAAUUGUGCCUAUUGAAAAGAACAUGGGUGAAGCAAAUGAAAUAUUUGUCAUUGAUUUCAUUGUGCUAGCUGUGAACUGUUUAAUGAAAUGCAGCCAAAGCAUCCAUUGUCAUUACAAGUUCCUACAUUCAUUUCGCGAUUGUUAUGAAAUUAAGGAAUUCAAUUGGUGCAAGUACGUACUUGAUAGCUUGAUAGAUACAAGCUCUGAUUGGAAAAACAACACAAAAGGGUUUUAUAAGGGUCCACUGCCUCUCAUAAUGUUGUUUUACUUUGAUCGGGUGCAAAGAAAAAAUAUUUCACCACCAAGAACUCCACCUCUCAUUUGUGUUUGGAACAAGGAUAUGGUUUAUGAAAGAAUGAAAUUAGAGAACAAAGGUUAUGGAUUAGGAACUGUGUUGCCAAGGAUCCUCCAAAGACCUGAUGAACAUCAAGAAAAUGUGCCACAGAAAACUGAUAAGGAGCAUUUCAUGGAGGAAUUUAUUGAUCUGGCUAAGACUUUAGGUGGGUAUUUGUCUAAGAUGGCUGAAAAACUGAACCAUGCUAAAGAACUCUUCCCAAACAAUCGUCUUUUCAAAGCAGUGGAAGAAUUCAUUCAAAAGAAAUUAAAGGAACCCUCAAAUGAAGAAAUGUUUGGGACCGAGUCUUUCUUGAAUGCAUUGGAUGAAGUUGAUAGAGAAUAUUUGAAGAGAGAAGCUGAAAAGCCAGCUAAGGGAAAACAAAAGGUUAGGGAUUCAUUUGACCCGAAUGAACCUUGGAACUUAAGGAUUCAUGGAACUCCGACUCCUAGCCCACAACAACAUGAAAUUAUAGGAGGAAGUAGGAUGAAGAAUAACUUGGACCUUGGGAAAGGACCCUCAAGUGGUGUGCGAGAAGAGUUUUAUAUGUUCGUUUGAAUCGUCUUAAUUUGAUGACAUGUUCCAAAAACAAGAUGCAACCAUGGAAAAAAUCUACAACCACCCGUUGUUAGAUGACUUCCAAUAUCAUGAAGGAUAAUUAAUGUAAUUUUAAAUUGAACAUAACAGUGUUUAUUUUGGGGAGCUAAUGUUAUAGAACAUCCAAUGUUAUUUUUUUUUUUUUUUUUUUGAAUAGAACUAAUGUUAUUUUAAUGAACUAGUAUUAUGAUGUGAUGUAAUUUAAAUGAACUGCUUUUGUAGUGUAAUUUUUUUUUUUUUUAAAAAAAAACAAUGCAAUUAAAAGGAAGUAGAAUAAUAA